AUAGUUUCCAGUUCACUGGGUAUUGCUGCAUCUUCAGGUCAUCUAUAGAUGUCCAAAAAAUCUGCAAGAAACAUGUUUGAGAAAAUCACCUGUGCCAAUUUCUCCGCUUGUCCUAUAUGAUGAAGACAGCUUGGCAGCUUAUGAAAAUGACAAAUCGCCAUUGAUCUCUGGGAAUUACGAAGAUCCACUCCUCCUUCAGGUUUGGAAUAAUGAUCACAAGUCCUCUAUUAUCCAUCAGAAUGAAGAUACUCAGAAAGUUAAGGAUUUUUCUUCCAAGUUAGCAACAUCCAGAAGGCUAUUAACAUCUAUGAAGAAUAAGAAAAGAGAAAAGGAAAUACAAAAAGAAAUAAAACAUUCAGAUGGAAAGGUGGAACGUAAGUUUUCAGAUGGAUGUAAAACAAUCACUUUUCCCAGUGGCACUAAGAAGGAAAUCAGUGCUGACAAGAAAACAACAAUUGUCACAUUUACAAAUGGAGAUGUGCAGAAGUUCAUGCCAGAUAAGAGAGUGCUUUAUUAUUAUGCAGAUACUCAGACAACUCACACCACUUAUCCCAAUGGCCUGGAAGUGCUACAAUUUCCUAAUAAACAGAUUGAAAAACACCUUCCUGAUGGCACUAAGGAAAUUGUGUUUCCAGAUGGCACAGUGAAAUACUUUGGUGUUGGGUAUGAGGAGACUUUAUUCCCUGAUGGAACAUUGGUGAAAGUAGAAAGGAAUGGAGAUAAAAUCAUUAUGUUCAGUGAUGGGCAGAAAGAGAUCCACACUUCACAGUUCAAGAGGAAGGAAUUCCUUGAUGGUACCAUCAAGACCGUGUAUAAUACUGGCCAUCGAGAAACAAAGUAUACUUCAGGCAGGGUUCGAAUCAAAGAUGAAGCAGGAAAGAUCAUCCUUGACAAGAAGUGAUUCAUCCCUUCUUUAUGUAAAAUUAUGUGUGCAAUUCAGAUUACUUUUCAUUCAGAUUUUCUUUUAUCUUUUUUAGUUAUCUGACCAGAAGCAAGACAUAGGUAAGGGCCAAUCAGGAGAGAUUCGGUAGAGAUUUCAAACUCAAUUAAUUAUGUAGAAAUCUUAGAAGAAAAAUUAUUCCCUUAGUUCUCAAUUUGGAAGGGGAAAAAAGUGGUUAAAACAGCACUCUUGAGCCAACUUUUUGUUCCCAAGGUAAUUGCUCCUGGUCCAUUCAAGACCAUUUAUUCUUUGGUGACCAGAUGUGUCUGCUGUUGGAACACCUUGCUGAGUUCCCUUCUGAUGCCAUGCGUUCAUUGGAUUCUUAAUAUAUUUUUACUGUUCAUUGAUCCCAAGGCAGGUGAACUUAGCCUUUUUGCAAUCCUGCCUCAGCAGAGAUUGUCCAAGUAACAAUACCCAUCUUAUUUCCAGAUCUAGGUUUUUGUACUUGGUUCCAAAAACACUGAUGAAUUGAAGGAGUUUUAAACAGUCUUGUAGCAACACCUGCCAUGAGCAGCAGACUUAACCACCUCUCUGAGUAUCUGGCAGCCAUUUAUCUUCCUACCAACUUCAUUCAUGAUCCCUGGUAUGAAAGUGGUUACAUGAUUUUUACUAACCUUACAACUUCAUUUCCAUUUUAAACAGUUCAUAGAAUGCAGAAAUAAACUUUUUUCUGAAACAAUUAGAGCCCAGAAAAUGUAGGAAAUGAAUAAAUUCUUGCAAAUGUUAUCACAUAUGACAGGAUGUGGCCAGAUGUGAUUUGCUAAAUGUGCACUCUUGUAUGUUUUUAUAUGAAACCAGAUGUGAUAAUGUAUUUUCAUGCCGAUGAUUAUCUUAGCCCAGGUAUAUAUUGUGCACAUACUGUUUGUUCUUUAAGAUGCUCUUGUAUUGUUGUUUGAAGAAACUAAAAAUCAGCAUUCCAUGUUAUGAGAAAUAGAAUUCUGUUUUUAUUAGUGCAGAGUUACUGCCAUGUCCUUAUAGGUGGAUGCUGAGAAUUUUUCAGAAAUAUCAGGCACAAAUGAUUCCAAAAACUUUUUGGAAGUUGGACUGAGAGAAUACUUUGGUCAGAAAUUUGUUCAUUUUUUCAAAUUGCCCUUCAAAAUUCAUAGUGGAUGCUAAUGAAUCAAUUGAUUUCUAAUUGUCUUGUGGAAUGUUAAGAGUUGAAAAUCUAAAUGUAGUUAGUUUAACCAGAAAACUGUAUUCAAGCCCCAUGGGAUUUGCCUGAGUGACAGAAUCAUCAAAUAUAAUCUUCCCAAUCCUGCUGAACAUGUAAAACACUCUCUUGGAGAUGAAAAGGGUCCAAAAGAAAAAGUCUGUUUUCAAAUGUGAUGUGGCCAGAAAUGUUUAAAAAAUUGUAAAUCUUCCAUUUGUUUAGUACCAUGCUAAACACUUGGCUUAUGUAUGUAAAAAUGACCUUGGAAUAGGCUUUUGUGCAUAUAUGUUGAUGAACUGUAUUUCAUAAGAUUUUGAGUUGUCAAAAGAGAGCCAUUGCAUUAAUUAUAGAUAAAAAUUAUCCUGGUAUAUGGAGAUAAAUAAUGUUAUGUAUUCACCAAUAGACAGA